UUUUUUUUUUUUUUCCCUCCCCACAAAACUUAAGCUUUGCUGAGCGUCUCGUUGGAGGAUUUUAGGCUGGAAAUAAAGUGGAUGUUUUUCUCUUUUUCCUCUGUUUACGGAUUAAAACCGAGGUUAUGCUUUAUUUUUGGACGUUUUCAGUAACCACGCGACAAGAAUGAGUUUAUUGGAUAUCAGUGAGAACGUGAAGCUGGCCAGAGAGUACGCCUUGCUGGGGAACUACAGCUCAGCCGUGGUCUGCUAUCAAGGGGUGCUGGAGCAGAUCAAGAAGUACCUGCUCUCUGUGCGAGACUCGUCUUUGCAGCAAAAAUGGCAGCAGGUUUGGCAGGAGAUAAACGAGGAGAACAAGCAUGUGAGGGACAUCAUGACCACUCUGGAGAGCUUCCAGCUGGACAACGCGCCUUCCAAACCCAGCGGUUUCAGCCAAGAGAGUGACAUCAUGCCUGUUCAGGUCGAACAUAGGUCAUCUCCGUGCGCAGGACGCAAGGCCCCGGUACCCUAUAAAGAUGGUAAAGCUCACGGCAGCAGAUCGAGCGCUGGGCCGCGCUUCCAACACCGACAAUCACCACGCGUCGUGAACGGCGACCGAGGAAAACCACUGAAGGGCAAAGAGAAGAAAGAACACAUGCCGAAGCAGAAAGACGACAAGAACAAACCCGAGGCCUCUGAGCUGGAACUGAAGAAGUUCGACAGAGGAGGAGAAGACAAAGACCUGAUUGAAGCGUUGGAGCGAGAUAUCAUCUCCCAAAACCUGAACGUGAAGUGGGAUGACAUUGCUGAUCUGGAGGAAGCGAAGAAGCUCCUGAAGGAGGCGGUGGUUCUGCCCAUGUGGAUGCCGGAGUUCUUUAAAGGAAUCCGACGACCAUGGAAGGGCGUGCUGAUGGUCGGGCCCCCAGGUACAGGCAAAACUCUGCUUGCGAAAGCCGUAGCGACAGAAUGCCGGACAACCUUCUUCAACGUCUCCUCGUCUACGCUCACCUCCAAAUACAGAGGGGAGUCGGAGAAACUCGUCCGCCUGCUGUUCGAAAUGGCGAGGUUCUACGCUCCCACAACCAUCUUCAUCGACGAGAUCGACUCCAUGUGCAGCCGCAGGGGAACUUCAGAAGAGCACGAAGCGAGCAGACGAGUCAAAGCCGAACUUCUGAUGCAAAUGGACGGUGUUGGAGGACCGUCUGAAAACGACCCUUCGAAAAUGGUGAUGGUCCUGGCAGCCACAAAUUUCCCCUGGGACAUCGAUGAAGCUCUGAGACGCCGACUAGAAAAAAGGAUCUAUAUACCACUGCCAACAGCGAAGGGCCGGGCCGAUCUGCUGAAGAUAAGCCUGAAGGAGCUGGAGCUGGCUAACGAUGUGGAGCUGGAUAAGAUCGCAGAGCAGAUGGAGGGAUAUUCAGGUGCUGACAUCACCAAUGUCUGCAGAGACGCGUCUCUAAUGGCCAUGAGGCGACGAAUCGAAGGUUUGACCCCGGAGGAGAUCCGUAACAUUUCCCGAGACGAGAUGCACAUGCCCACAACCAUGGAGGAUUUCCAGACGGCUCUGAAGAAAGUGUCGAAAUCCGUCUCUGCCGCCGACCUCGAGAAAUACGAGAAGUGGAUCGCGGAGUUCGGCUCCUGUUGACCCGCCCUAAAAUUCAGGAUGUCCUUAAAGGGGUGGUCUGUAACUACUUUUAAGAGCCAACUGCCCCUUUUUCAGCACUUUGAAACAGUUGAUAUUGUAGCUGCAUGUUUAAACUUUUUUGAUGAAACGAAGCUGUAACCAAUGAUUAGUCAGUCUGUGGUUUAUUGUACUUGUCUUCACAAACCAAAUAUUUUUAUAAUACACGAUUUUUUUGAGAUUACACUGAUAUUCCAGGUGCUGCUUUGCUUUGUUCCAAAUUAGUGGCCUUUUUCUAGUGAAUAAGUGACAUGUUUGACUAUGAUAAAAGUUCUCUGAAAUAUUGAGUGAAACUUGGAAGCGUGUGCUGGAGGAGCGCCUGUAAGUUCCACCACACAGUUAACACUUUAAUUCAGUCAGUGUCCAGCUUGAAAAUUAAGGAAUAAAACAUGAUGGUAACA